AUGGUAACCGAUUACAAUGUGAGAUGGCAGCUGAAGAUGCUUGAUCAUGACAGGAACAUGCCGAGAAAUCAAAUUAUAAGCAAAAUUAACGAAAUUGUCAGCAAACUACCGCAAAACGUUCAGCAAGUUUACAAAAAACUGGUGGACAGCGAAGCAGCAAAAAAGGAUGCAGAAUACGAAGUUGAAAUGAUCGUUUUACAGAAUCGCGGUGCCCCACAACAGAUUCUUGAGUUGGUUAAACAAAUUCAUGCGAUCAAGAUGGAUAUGACACUGUCACGUUACCAAGAAGAUCAGAAGAUCAGAGAGCUGAAAUGGCAAAUGAGCGGGUAUGAUGGAUAUUAUCAUGGAUAUCGUGGUGGAUAUCACCAUCAAAAUCUCAAUAAUUGGCAUGACUCGCACGAUAACUCGGCCGAUGUUUCCAUCGAGGAUUAA